AUGUCCAACCGAUCAUCAGUCCCAGUCACCACCCUCUCACUCUCCUCAUCCGCAUCCUCAUCCUCCCACAACCCUCUCCCGGAUGUCGGCACCCGAGACUACACGAUCCUCAAGGAAGUCGGCGAUGGCUCAUUCGGCACGGUCUGGCUGGCCGAUUGGCACUCCCCUCUCACCCUACCCCCAGGCACCCAACCACCCGGACCAAGCUCACGACCAGAGUACAAGGGAAAACAACUGGUGGCAGUCAAGAAGAUGAAGAAAACAUUCGAUGGAGGCUGGGAGGAAUGCAUGAAGCUCAAAGAACUCAAGGUUAGUAUCCCACUAUCCACUCACUAA